AAAACAGCUGACAGUCGAAAUCAAUGUAGCUAUCUCUCGCGGCGCCAGCCCUACCCGGGUCGUGAAUUAGAUUACGUUUGAUAGUUCAGUAGCUGCGCUCAGUAUGCAGGAUAAUUUUAUCUGUCUAGUUAUAUAGGUCUUUUUUUUUUCGCGUUUUAUUUCUUGCAUUGUCUCGGUGCACAUAAAUGUGAGAUGUGUACCGGCAUGUCAUCUAGUAAGCUAGCUUAUUUACAGUUGUUGCAAGUAUUACUUUACUUAAAUGCGGUUUCCUCUAUUAAUUUGACAGAUGGAGAUGUUUUGAAAAUGCCACUCACCGGGUAUGAUGUCGGCAGACAGUUUGGAGAAGCAGAAGGAGACAUUUUUUUAGUAAUGCCCGUGAGCAUCGUUCAGUUUUCUGUCGGAAACAUUGAUCCGUCGGUUCAUUUCAUAGUUUUCCAAGCCCACUCACACCUCCACAACGUGUCGCUGUCGUACAGCAAAGAGCUCGUCCAGCACCGCUACGUCAACGGCACAAACCUUGGCUUGGUGGAGAUGACCAAGUCUGUCAGUGGAUCUUCCGUUGAUUUUUUCCUGCACAACGCAAACGAUUUCAACGUUUCAAUAUUUGUUGCUGCGCAAGCUUACGGGAAAAAUGUGCCGAUACCCGGAGGCUGCAACAUGGAGUUCUCCGUCGAAGUCGCCCCGUUCCUCCGCGUGUCGUACGACUCGAGCAUCGUGACCGUGGACAGUCAGCGCGCUGCGGUGGCCGGUGAUCAGUACUGCGAGACGCAUCUCGCGGACCAGAAGGUGUACCACGCCUACGUGACGGAGAGGGACUUCUCCAGCGAGACCUACUUCGCUGCGCUGAGGAGCAUGAUGAGUGACACCAACAUUUCCCGUCACGCACAAGAGAUCCCUGCGACUGGUCUAAUCUCUCCGUUGAGAAGGAUGUACAGCGCGUACAGUGGCACGGGGUCUGUCCACGCUGUGGUUGCGACGAGAGGUGACUUCGUCUCGGUUUACGUGCCGGCGUUCACGUAUGCGUGUGAUCCGACCACGGAUUCCUGCGAUGUCCUCAAAACACCUUUUUCAAAAGUCCUAUGUGCUGUGGUAUUGUUUGUUGGUCUGCUGAUGUGCCUUUUUGGGCACAAGUUUUUCAAAACAGAGAUGUUCUUGCUGGGUUGCAUUUCUGGUGGCCUAGUAGCUCAUAUAUUGAUAUCUAUAUUUUUUGAUCUCAACUACCCAGUGAAUGUCACAGUUUCUCUAGUUAUUGGGGCUUUUAUGGGAGUCAUUUGGCUGUAUGUUUGGUGCUUCUGUGGCAGCCCAGUGUUAUCAGUUCUUCUUGCAACUUUGACACUUGGGUUCAUUUUUACGGCCACUAUGUUUUACGCAGGAAUUGCUGACUACAACUUCGUUCAGAGUGACUUGAAUUUCUGGGCUCUGUUCAGUGGUUUGAUGUUGAUUGUAUCAUUGCUGCUGAUACCGUCGAACAUGAAAGCCAACAUUGUCUCUUGCGCUGUCCUCGGGGCGUAUGCAUUCAUCAUCCCAGUAGACCAUUACAUUGGGUCUAACUUGAAGUACAUAACCGUCAACAUGAUACGCAGAGCGACGGUCCCGGAUUUCAAGAAGGCUUUCAUCAACCCACCGUUUCAGUUCAAAGAUUUGAUCUUGACGUUCACGUGGAUUGGCUUGGCGCUGGCCGGAGUCAUGAUACAGUGCUGCCAACAGCGGAGCAGGCCGCCGUUCCCUCCCCCUCCCCGGCGGAACCGCUGGCGGGGUCGGAGGAAGCAGCAGCAGCAGCGGCGGCCCAGGAGGUCGCGGGUUACCGCGAGGCUACCCGGGCCCCGCGCCGCGGAGACCAGUCCCCUUCUCGCCGGGCUGGACUUCCCCUCGUGGUACUCCGGCCCCGGCAUGCCGGAGUCCCCGGAGUCCCCGGAGUCCCCGGGGUCCCCGGAGUCGCGCGACCAGCUGUCCAAGCUGCGGUCUUACCUCUCGGGGCUGUCGCCGACCUUCUCGCCCCGCUUCGCCGAGUCUCCGACCGCCCCUUACAUCUCGCCGUACAACUCCGUGUAGUUGUCGGGGAUAUCUUCAUUGUUAUCUUUAAUGCUGAAGCUAACAACACCGUGUUUUAUCUUUAAUGUUGAUGCAAACAACACCAGGUUUUAUCUUUAAUGUUGAAGCAAACAACACCGUGAUUUAUCUUUAAUGUUGAUGCAAACAACACCAGGUUUUAUCUUUAAUGUUGAAGCAAACAACACCGUGAUUUAUCUUUAAUGUUGAUGCAAACAACACCAUUUUUUAUCUUUAAUGUUGAAGCAAACAACACCGUUUUUAUCUUUAAUGUUGAAGCAAACAACACCGUGAUUUAUCUUUAAUGUUGAUGCAAACAACACCAUUUUUUAUCUUUAAUGUUGAAGCAAACAACACCGUUUUUAUCUUUAAUGUUGAAGCAAACAACACCGUGAUUUAUCUUUAAUGUUGAUGCAAACAACACCAGGUUUUAUCUUUAAUGCUGAAGCAAACAACACCGUUUUUAUCUUUAAUGUUGAUGCAAACAACACCAGGUUUUAUCUUUAAUGUUGAAGCAAACAACACCGUGAUUUAUCUUUAAUGUUGAUGCAAACAACACCAUUUUUUAUCUUUAAUGUUGAAGCAAACAACACCAUUUUUAUCUUUAAUGUUGAAGCAAACAACACCGUUUUUAUCUUUAAUGUUGAAGCAAACAUCACCGUGCGUUAUCUUUAAUGUUGAUGCAAACAUCACCGUGUUUUAUCUUUAAUGUUGAAGCAAACAACACCGUGUUUUAUCUUUAUUGUUGAAGCAAACAACACUGUUCUAUCUUUAAUGUUGAAGCAAACAACACCGUGCAGUGCAAUGUGUUAUUUUCAUUGAAGUAAUUUGAUAACUAUCACCGAAAAUUAUAUAGUUUUUUUAAGUAUUAAAAACACUUGAAGUAAUUUUAUAAUUAUCACUGUAAAUUAUAUAGUAUUUUUAAAGCAUUAAAAACACUUAAGGUAGACUCGAAAAAUUUUAAAUGAAUGCAUGAUUGUUCAUAUAUACACUUGUUGGUCUCCGAAUAGCUCUCUUGUGUGGUUGCAUGUAAUUUUUAAAUAAUUUUAAAGGUGCUCAGUAGUUAUAAUUUAUGAUUUUAAUCGGUGCGUAUUUUUUAUUUUUUUUUCUAUCUUUUUUUAAAACUGUAAGAAAAUUUUAUUCUAGAAAGCAACUUUUCUGUAGUGUCAUACGGUAAGGUCAAACUUUUAAAUGAAUCACUUUUUCUGAAUGACUUUGGUUCCGCAGAGCUUUGAAUUCUACUAAUUUUUGUUUACAAUUGGUGCUAUAAAACAUAUUUUAAAGUGGAUGUUUUAUUUUUAGCUUCAUACAUCACUUGCUUCAUAAAAAUUUAAGACAUUUAUUGCAGUUAAUAUAAACAUUAAGACUUAUGAAAACUAAAUGAUAGUGUUUAGUAAUUAGCUCUAGCCUAUUAAUUAUUAUAUGUAAGUCUGUUUGCAUCAAGAAAAUUUGUAAGGCUGUUUUUAAUGUUCUUCAUGCUUUUUACUUUGUAAUUAUUUCAUCCUUGAACCAUCAUUGUAUCCUUUUGUUAGGCAUAGUGGUCCAGAUGUUGUUACUGUCAACUGGAGAUACUUUAUGUAUAUUUACAGUGAGUGUUUAUUGUAUUUUUUUUAGUGUACGUAAUACGUGUUUAUAAAUUCCCUCGUAUGUGCAAUUUUCUAUCAGUAGAUAGGUUCAUUUAUGAUGUGUAUAGUUAUUUCGAGCUUCGGUAAAAAAAAAAGUAUAUGAAUGUUUUACCAGAUAGUGAGCUAGGGGAUGAUUACUGUAUAUGGGCAGUACAAUUAAAUAAUUUAAUCCACUAUUACGCACAUUUUGUAGGGUAGACAGCAAUGUCCUCAAGUCCAGCAAUGUUUCAGUUUGGCUUUAGGUGAACAAAAGAUGUACUAACUACCAGUUUAUUAAGACAUUUCCGAAGAAAUCGAGCAAGCGUUCAGGGCGUUUUAGCCGCAUAGCCUAGCUCUGCCAAUAUGGUAUGCCGAUAGCGUUUAUUUCUAAACGCGCGUCUUCCAACAUUGAGUUCGUACGUGUUCCCAAGACUGAUAAACAAGCAAGGAAAUGCAACUGGCCGUAAGAAGUGCAGUCCAACAACGCAAGGACGUCUCCAGGAAAGUGAGCCGAUGUUUUUCAUUUUUAUUUCACUUGUUUGUCCAGUGUUCUUUUUUGAAAUAUGGACAUUAUUGGGGAAAAGAAAAUUUUAAAUUUUUUUAGCAUGUAAAUUAAAGUGCUGGUAGAUGCAUGAUUCCGUAUUUUAAAAAAAAAAACUUUAUUUAAAUAUUGUAUUGCCACGUAUUAUAUCGGUAUUUUAUCAUAAGCAUUUAUAAAACUGACCCGAAGAUAAUUUAUCAGGAAAUAAUAUCAACAUUUCUUAAGGUAAAUUAGCAGAACCAUCGUCGAAAUUUUAUGUUCUAGGUUGGUCUAAAAUUAUGUUUCUAAGAGUUUAUUUAUUUAUUUAUUUAUUUAUUUUUAAUUUUCCAGAGGACGGCCUCCAUAAAAGUAAUAAAUAAAAAAAGCCCAGGGUACAUACCCGCAGAGUCUAGCACCGCCACUGCCAACGAGGUUCUGAUACAAAAUCCGUAACAUUCUGAUUACAGCCCAUGUAUCCGGUGCAGGAUAUCCGCUGAUCACGGAAGUCACAAAAAAGUAACGGAACUGAAGGAAUGGUCACAAAAAUCACGGAAAAGUCCCAUAAUAUAACGGCAAUGGUGCUGGCAGUAACGAAACCUUAUUUCCAGCAACUUUUGCCUCAUUUGCAUUUUUUUAUACCUCGCCGAAGUUUAUAGUCGUCCAUUGAAUAUAAAUAGUGUGAGAUAGUCCACUUAAAUCAUGUGGUAAUUAUCUCUGUAAACGUUUUAUCUUUUUAACGUAAAAAUUUGCACGUUCACGCGAAUAGUACAUGUAUUUCGUAUUAUGUUUAAUUUCUUUUUUUAUCAAAGGUGAAAAGUAACCCUGUGAUAAAAAAAAGCCAUAAAAUGUUUUUAUUAUGUCUUCGAAAAGUUUUGAAAAUUUUAACUCGGUAUUUGCAACACGUUGCUAUACCAAACAUGUUCUGUAUCGAUCUGCGUAUGUUAAUUUUUUUGUCAGUACAUGCAUCCAGUGUCGUACACGCACAGUGUGUAUCUUCGCUUCAAUUGCAAACUCACGUUAUCUAAAUGUAAUAUGGUUGAAUGGUCUGUCUGUUGAACCUAAUGUCCUCGGUUCGUUUUCUGGCCAUGUGUGAAAAACUUCCUAUCCGUGGUCUGGACUAGAUUUCUGUCUUCUCCCUUCACGUACGUACUGCAGAAGACAGACCUCUAAACCACUGGGUUAUCACUGUGCCUUGUCUGCCUUGGUCACCCCCAGGUAUGUCAACCUCUCCCCUCAUCCGUCAUCGUUGAAAAUCAUCUACCAUUUUAAAAGCUUACAUCAUUAAUUUUUAUCUUUUCAUCACAUAAUGUUUUGGAUGAUGUUUUGGGUCUGUUUGCUAGACAUUUUGCACUUGUUGCCUGCCCUUAGGAUUUGAGUUUUAAGGAGUUGUUUCUGCUACAUCUAUAUAAAUAAAAAUGUAUAUGACCUUUCGUUCAAAAUCUUAAAUAUCCGAAAGUUCUAAACGGAUCGCUUUGGAAUUUUGACACGGCGUCGCAUACGAAUACGCGCGUGUUUUGAUAUGCCUAGGUCACACCUGUAACAGGUAAAAAUAUAGAUAAAAUACAGGUAAGUAAAAUAUAUAUAGGUAAGUGAAUUUGUGUGUGUUCGCCUUUUGUUUUAUAAAGAUAUACAGAUAAGAAGAUAGGCAUAGAGAUAUAUAGAGAGGUAUGGAGAGAUAGAGGUAUACACAUAAAAUAUGUAUGGAUAGAGAGAGGGGUAUUUAGAUAUAUAGAGGUGUAGAGACCUAUAGAUAGGGAAAUAUAUUGAGAUAUAGAUAGAUACAUAGAGAGAGAUGCUUUGUAUAUGUGUACCUACAUAAAUCAAUUACAAAAAAAAUUUAAAGAUGCAGAGCAAUGCUUGCUGUGAUUUAGCUAGUAAUGAAAUACAUUUGGUGCCUUUUAUGAUUGAUAUAAAAUUAAUUUUUAAAGUUGUUAUUUUGUAGUGUGUCAUAGGCUUUGUCUGUUGUGACUUUUUAUUACUAAAAUGUAAGAUGUGAUAUUUUUACUCUAAUGUCAAGUUAGGUAUUUUAGUGUUGUAUCAUUUAUAGCAGAUAAGCACAUAUGCUUAAUUUUAAUUAUGGGUGAUAUUUUUAUCAUACUUUACACAUGUUUUUCUUUCCUAAAUGGCACAAUAUAUGCAACCACAUAACCAAUGCUGAACUUAAAAAUUUUCAUUACCAGUAAGUUACCAAAAGAACAUAUUUCUCAUGUUAUGCAAAAAAUUUCUACAACUUUAUAAUUUUUUUGUUAAAAAAAAUCAGACUGAUAAUUUUAUUUCUAAUUAGUUUGGCAAUAAUAUUAAUUUUAAAAAAUAUUUUUGUUAAACUUCAUGGAAGGGAAAAUAAUAUUAGUUUACUUUUUGGUAAUAUUGAUUGCAUUUAGUAAACAGUGUAUGUGCAUGUUGUAUGUCUAAGUACAAAUAAAAUUUGGUGCUUGGUAACAAAUACUUUUAAAAUCUUUGAAUGAUUUUAAAAGUUUAUACAAUUUUUUAUUUCUUUUAAGAAUAUUCGCUUACAUUUUAGGGUUGUGCAAAUUUAAUUGGUGUAUAAAAAAAUUGAGAAAUGUAUAAAUAAAUAAUUUUUAAAUGUUUUAUGUAUGAGAUACAAACAAUAUUUUUGUAACUGAAACUUAUCUGUGUAGUGUUUUUAUCUAUAAAGAGCUGAAAGGAAAGGGAUUGUGCCUAUAUUCACAAAGUAUUGGCAUAUAUAGUUCUACCUUGGUUAAUUUAUUUUGAGAUUUAUCAGUUAGUAUUUUUGUGUCUAAAAUUUAAAUGAAAAAAUAUAUAUUUAGUUGUUUUACUGUCCGGGCCAAUCCAGAUUCACUGAAGAAUAAGUUGAUGAUUGCAAAAAAGUACAUACAACCAAGUUUUAUGUCACCAAAAAUUUAUAUGUUUAAGUUGCAGGAUGAGUGGCUGAUAUGUAAUGAAUACAUCUCAACAUCUGCUGUAAUGCUUUUGUUUUUUUCGGUCAUGAUGAAUUUCUCACAUUUCUUAUACAUAUUAAUGAUAAUUUUCAUUCUAGGGCCUGUGCGAAUAGUAGUUUUUUUUUUAUCCAAAGUGAAUAUUGAAUAGAAUGUUUAAAAUAUUUGCAAAGUCGAAUCAACUCGCGAAAUAAUGUUCUCGGUGAGCUGUAUUACACUUAUUUUAUAAAAUACAGGAUCAAAGUAAAAAAAAAUAAUCGUUAAACAUUUGUAAUGUUAGAUUUCAUUAAGUCAUUAACCAAUUGGUUUAUAAUAUCAUUCAAUAGAAUUAUAAAAUAACCAUGCAUAAUUUUAAUAUUGAGCAUAAAAGCAAAUGGAGUGCCUUCUUUUGAUUUUUCCAAGUAACCAACUUUAUUAAAGCAAAACAUAUACAAUAAAAAAAAUUACUGUAAAUAUUUUAUGAGCACAUCUUUAUCUUCCAAUAUUUUAAAGCUUUGCUACAAAUGCGAAACUUCACAUCAGACUCAAAGCCUUGCAUAAAAAACCAAAGCUUCAAAUAAAACAAAUAGCAAAUUUCCUGGUGAAGUCAAAUAGAAUAUUAAAAAGAGUUUCGAUUUAUUCACUUUGUUGAACUUCACUUAGGCCUAUUUCAUUCGUAGUCUGUAGUUUUUAAAGUCAUAUAGUAGUGGUACAUUUCAUCCUAGUCAUGUCAAAAGCAGUUAUAUACUAAAUAAAUUGUUUUCUUAAAUUAUUAUAUCAUGACCAACAACUAAGGUCAUGUUGUGUGUUUUAGUUUAUUUCCUUAUAAGUAGAACUUUUUGUCACAUUAGAAUGUUGUUGUGUUUGAAAAAAUGUAGUUUCUAUUACAUUUUUUUUUAGUCUUGUUAAAGUUUAAAAGUGUUUUGCUAUGUACCUGUCAUUUGGCAUGAUAUUAAAAAUAUAAGUGAAAUAUUUUAAUGAGUUGUUAGUGUUGUUAUUUUUUUUUUUUUUAAUAUUUUAAAAUGCUAGUUUUUCUGCUUUAUUGUUAUACAAUACAUCUGUGGUUUAUACAUAGAUGGCAGGAAUGUUUUAGUAUGAAUUAAAUAAAUCUUAAGUGUAUUCUUUAUGUUGUGAAAAAUAUUAUUUUUGUUUAUUAGGGAAUUGUGUUAAAAUAGUUCAUUGUAACUUCUGUAAGAUUAUAUUUCAAUAAACAUUUUGGCU